AAAUUCUUAACCAUGGAGGUAUCGUGAUCCCAGUGAUUUCUUGAUUUGUUUGAGGCCUCAGCUAACAUAUCGGUAGCGGCAUCCCAUUGCCCCUUCUGCAAAACCCACCAGGAAGGCAGGAGCAGCUGGCGGCAUCGCAUAUCCAACUAAUCUAGCACAAGGUGCAUCUCAGAUGCGUCUGCGACCACGCUCGGCGGAGAGAAAUACGUCACCCGCGAACCCAGUAUCGAGAGCAACGAGACGUACCAGGAAGUCAACGAUGGCGGUCACAAAGAGACUAGCUACCAACUGGACACCCACGAGGAAAAUUGCUUCCCCAACCAAGGCAAGCAAAAGGACGCCUUGGAAGAAUCAAAAGACUAGAUCACUCACCGCUAGAGCUACCAACAAACAACCCCAGACUCUUGCAGAAAGAGGAAUCGCCGAACCGGCAUUUCCCAAAUUUUCCAAGUUUCCACCUGAACUCCGCAAUACGAUAUGGGAAUUGAUGCUUCCGCCGCCACGAGUUAUUCGAAUUCUUGCUCAUUGGGAGGAAAAUACCUCGCAACCGGGUGCCCAAUUAAAGGCCGAAGAUGCAUCUGUUCCAGUGGUUCUUCACGUCAACAAGGAAUCUCGUGGUAGCGCUAAAAGAUUCUACACCCUCACGUUUGAGAACCAGUUGCAUCGAGGACCCAUAUAUUUUGACUUCAAUCGAGACACGAUGUUUUUGCCCAGAGAAGCAGACCUAAACUACUUCUCCACCAACAUUUCUAUGAACCCGGAAAUUACGAUUGAAGACUCGGUCCGUUUUGUUGCAUAUGGACAAGAGAUAGUGGACACUCAACUGCUAAAGGUAUUUCGUUGGUUUUCGAAAGUGGAGACACUGGCAGUCAGAAAGCUCCCGGAAAUGCUUGAAAAUCUUCCACCUGGACAACAAGGUCUGAUCGAAAGGACGGAGAAAGAUUACGAAGAGAGGUUCUCAAAAUGGAGGACCGAAGUAGCCUCAGCAAGAAACGUCCCGUUUACGGUACCCAAGAUUUAUCAUCUAACCAAGGAAGAAUUUACAGUCAGGUAUCUGCCAAGCUGUGUUAAACAGAGUGGAACUUCGCUACGAACAGUAACCUUACGUUUAGAGACGACCUUUAACACUUAUAUCAGAAUUGCCGCGGUUGAGAUAUAGACACUCUUCGACGGGUCUCGAGUUUGGACUACGGGAUAACUGUUUCGCUGUUCGAUUCGGGACUAUGGAUCGCUCGAGAGGGGCAUGUUGGCGGGCUAUUAACGGGUUGUUCAACUUACACCUUCGAAGGUUUAAAAAACCUGAAGCGGAUGCGUGUGGCUGGUGGCUCACUCAUAGCUCAACUCAGCAUGUUGCCUUAUUACGUGUAUCUAUAUUUUAGAAUACGGAAAAUAUGUUUCGG